AGGUCUGGCGGAUCUGGCGGAUCUGGCGCUGGUCUGGGCUGGUCCUGGUAGUGGUGGUACCUGCUGCCUGCUACCUGCUGCCUACCCCUUGGAUAUAAAAAUCUACUACCUCCGAUAAGAUUACGGAACGGUUCCUCCCCAACAUCCCCCCUGCCCGCCGAUUUUUUCCACCAAACUGUAAAAGCACUCGGAUCGCUCGUACGUUCGAGAGAACGUAGAAAGCGCAAAGAGAUUUUCACGCGACGUGCGAUAAGUUGCGAAACUGUACCAGGACCACGAGCGCGAAUCGGAGGACUGUUGCGCUGCCGGAUCGUAUCCGCUGGCCCGAGCUUGCGGAUUGCGGAUUGGAAUACUUGGCGUGGGUCGACCGCGUGACUGGAAUUCCUCGGGAGUUCCUCCGUCGCGGCAGAGUGUUCGAGGAGGUUCCUCGAGCGGCUGGUAAAGGCUGGGAAACUGAGGCGCCAAUGAAGAAUUUGAGGAAAAACCGGUCCGGGGUGGUCAAAGCUCGCGUGAGCCGCUGCCCGGCACUUGCUGGCGAUCAUCGAUAAUCUCGACGAUAUCACGAGGGACCCGAAAUCCCGGCUGUCUCUCCGACUUUAUCCGUUUGGACCGUCUGACGAAGAGGGAACCGCAGAAAAGGAAGUCUGGACUCGGCUGUGCCUUCGAAAGGGAAUUGCUCAAAUUGAAGGGGUUGAGCGAGGCCUCGGAAGCUUCUGAGGGAUCCGUCGAGCGUCUUGAGGGACGAGGAGGCAGAUUGCAGGAUAGAAGGGAGAGAAGGAAGAAAGAAGGGUCUAAGAUCGGCUCAAUUCCUGCUCGCGUUGGUUAUGACGGCCAAGUCGGGGGGGUCCGGAAACGAAGGGUCCGAGUAAUUAGCCCCGUCUUAUCUCGGGGCCCGUAAUCGGCGAAAUUCGAAACACCAGCACCGUAUCAAUGGAAAUUUCGCGAGCCUGUUCGUUCGCCGGAGAUGAUGCGAUAGUGCGUUACAGUUUGCCGGUGGUGAGGUACUCCUCCUUCCCUAAUUCAACCGCGAGUGAGGUGUGAAGUUCCGGUGCGGGAUUUCGCAACAUGUCGUCGUCAAUCACGUCCUCCCCAAACAACACCGACCGCUGCACCUGGCAUCAGGGAUUCUCGUCGAGGAGAUCCUGGAUCACCAUUCCCUGCCUUACGCUCUUCAUCUUUUUCGCCAUCAUGCCGCAAGAGGGUCGGGGUGGCUACCACGAGAAACGGCUGCUGAACCACCUCCUGGCGAACUACAACACCCUGGAGCGUCCCGUGGCGAACGAGAGCGAGCCCUUGGAGGUGAAGUUCGGCCUGACGCUGCAGCAGAUCAUCGACGUGGACGAAAAGAACCAAAUUCUGACUACGAACGCGUGGUUGAACCUGGAGUGGACCGACUACAAUCUUCAGUGGAACGAAUCGGAGUACGGGGGAGUAAGGGACCUCAGAAUAACACCGAACAAGCUAUGGAAACCGGACGUUCUGAUGUACAACAGCGCGGUUGAGGGUUUCGACGGGACAUACCACACAAACGUGGUGGUCAAGCAUAACGGCAGUUGCCUGUACGUUCCUCCGGGCAUCUUCAAGAGCACAUGCAAGAUAGACAUCACUUGGUUCCCCUUUGACGACCAACACUGUGACAUGAAGUUCGGAUCCUGGACCUACGACGGGAACCAGCUCGAUCUGGUGUUGAACUCGGAAGAGGGUGGAGACUUGUCAGAUUUCAUCACUAACGGGGAGUGGUACUUGAUCGGUAUGCCGGGCAAGAAGAACACGAUAGUCUAUCAGUGCUGCCCCGAGCCCUACUUCGACGUCACGUUCACCAUUCAGAUACGACGUCGAACCCUCUACUACUUCUUCAACCUGAUUGUGCCCUGCGUUCUUAUCUCGAGCAUGGCUCUGCUGGGUUUCACACUGCCGCCAGACUCCGGGGAGAAGCUCACCCUAGGAGUAACAAUUCUUCUAUCGCUGACGGUAUUCCUGAACCUCGUGGCCGAAAGUAUGCCCACGACAUCCGACGCCGUUCCUUUAAUAGGAGUGACCAUCUUGCUAUCGCUGACGGUGUUCCUGAAUCUCGUCGCCGAGACCCUGCCGCAGGUUUCCGACGCGAUACCCUUGUUAGGGACGUACUUCAACUGCAUAAUGUUCAUGGUUGCGAGCAGCGUCGUUCUCACGGUUGUUGUCCUCAACUACCACCACCGAACGGCGGACAUUCACGAGAUGCCUCAAUGGAUAAAGACGAUCCUGCUCCAGUGGCUGCCCUGGAUCCUGGGUAUGAGCCGACCGGGUAAGAAGAUCACGAGGAAGACGAUACUGAUGAGCAACCGGAUGAAGGAGCUCGAGCUCCAGGAACGGAGCAGCAAGAGUCUCCUGGCGAACGUCCUCGACAUCGACGACGACUUCCGUCACGGGAACAGCGCCACGGCGAACCCCUCAGCCGGGUACAUACGCAGGUCGGCGUACGGAACGCCGCUCUCGGGGAGACCGGCGACGGUCGAGGAGACGUCGGCCUCUUUGCCCCUGAGCGGAACGAGGAGAGAACUCCAGACGAUCCUGAGGGAGCUGCAGUUCAUCACGAACCGGAUGAAGAAGGCUGACGAGGAAGCGGAACUCAUCAGCGACUGGAAAUUCGCCGCGAUGGUCGUCGACAGGUUUUGUCUCAUCAUAUUCACGAUGUUCACCGUUAUCGCGACCGUCGCCGUGCUACUUUCGGCACCGCACAUCAUAGUCCAGUAGUAGACUGCCCAAGCCCAGCCACCGAAUGACACCAUGGACGAAACCACCCUCGACUCCUCGUCCUGGUCGUAGACCAGAAGAGAAGGAGACGUCCGUGUCUGAACGUGGGGACGAUGAGCCUCUCGGUGGCAGCCUCGCCUGAAAUUAGACGGAACUAAUAUGAAUCAAUGCACAUACACACACAUGUAUAUGUAUACAAACACCGAAGCGUACUCCCAAGAAACUGAAGGGAAAAAAAAGCAUGAAAGGCAAGAAAUUGUUCACGCGCUCUGCGUGACAUUGAAAGAAAGAAAAUACCAAGGGUGCAGUGUAACAUGCACCACGUAACGAGAUAAUUUGCACACAUCAGCACCCCCGCCUCGCAGCAGACCCCGCAAGAAGAGACUCUACUCUACUCUAAUCGCUGCUCUUCAUCUCCUCGCAUCUCCUCAAUCUAUCGAUAAAUUAUAUCGUCUCGUCUUAAGCUUUCGACCUUAACUAUGCGAUCCUACUGUCAACAAUCGGAGCGAUUGGCUGCAUCGUGUGAAAGACGCGAUCCGGCAUCGUUCCUGCGCUCCGUGUUUAAUGGAAGAAAAAGAAAAAAAAAAAAAGAAAACAAAGAAUAAGGCAUGAAAGGAAGAAAAUGAAAUUUUCAGACUCGAUUAAAAGACGACGUGUAUUGUAAGAUCGAAGAAGAAGAACAACAACAACAACACCAACGGCAACACUAAUCAAGCACCCCUCGUAUCCCAUUAGUAAAGCGAACUUUUCUUUAGACACGUUCGACGAUAUUUUUAUAUCACACUAAUUAUUACGAUUUUAUAACCAAGUUUUGUGGGCGGUUGGUCUCGCUGCUGUUGUUUCUCUUCUACUCCGUCUUGGCGCAAAUGAGAAAAUACAGUGUCGUUCUGUAUUGAAUAGAAUAACUCACGAUUACAGGUUGAUAUAACAACUAUACUCCCUUCUUUUCAUCCUGUACACUCACUUACACUCAAUAACACAUACAAAUUUACAGGGUGGACCAAACUCGGGUCUUGAAAAACCACGCGACAAGCGAUAUCAGAAUAUUCUCAAACAAACACAGUAUUUCCGCCAAUUUUCACUUUUUCACUCCGAUGCAACAGAUGCCCAUGGUCAAAAAACACACGCGACUCGCGUCGUAACUUGUUCCCGUACGCGAAGCGACACUUCUCAAAUUUCCACUCGUGUCCGACCAACGCUGACCUUGACUACUUUUGCCGCUGCCGCCGCACGAAGCGUCGACUUCUUCCACUGACAAACGGCCGCCGACUGACCGCGGCAAGCCGUCACUACUUGGUUAUGUUCGCAGCCACGCGUUCGCCCCACACGGUCCCUUUCCACUUACGUUCAAAGGCGGCCGAACGGUAUCGGCGCCAAAUUUUUCCACUGACCGGCGGCCGCCGACUGACCACGACAGCCGUCACUACUUGGUUAUGUUCGCAGCCACGCGUUCGCCCUACGCGGUCCCUUUCCACUUAGACUUAACAGCGGCCGAACGGUAUCGGCACUUACCACUUUCCGCGAGAUGUUGCUGCGUCGACCGAUCCCCGUAGAAUGAGGGCUUGCGAGUUUCUUGCGAUCGGCUCGACGCACGAUCUUUUCGAAAACUCCUAACGAUCGACGACGUGAUUAAUCGUUUGACUGCUUGCUGUUGGUAUUGUACAGCAAAUAUCUCGACGAAAUUAUGGCAACGAUUACACACAUCGAAUAUCAAGUAGCCCGCUUUUGGUCCCACCCGUUUUCGUUCGCACCCCACAGGUUCUGUGAUAGUCUAAUUACGCUGAAUUGCACUCGCACAUGCACAGAUGCAUAAAUGAUAAUAGAUUUGAAGCAAUAGAGGUACAGUACAUGAAUGCGUACCGAGGAUAUCAUCGGUAUUGUGACCAUGGCCUGUAUCGUGACGAAUAGUAGCAGCUUGAAUCGAAUCGAAUACCUUGAUAGUUGGUACACAUACACAGCAGUGAACAAUGUUACACAUGCGCAGUACGGUUCGCGUAUCGCAGUACGCCUAGUCGUUAAAAAAAAAAAAAAAAAAACCGAAAAAACAAACAAAUGCUUCAAAUUAGGCCGGUUUCAGGUGUAGGAGUAUACGAUCCGCAUUAUAUACACGCCAGCGUCGUAGAGCGCUUAAUUAAAUAAUGCCGAAAGGCUCGCCUCCGUUACAAAUGUCAUAAUAUCCGCUGUUUCUUUCCAUCGACAAGCAGGUUCGUCGGCCGUCGAUUUUCGAACUCGAUAAAAGUAAAAAAAAAAAAAAAAUGUAAGAAAUUUUUUUAUUACAUUCCGAGAAUUUUGUUUUGUUAAUUUUAUUCGAUACGAUAUUAGUCGCGACGUAGAGAAUAAUUACUUAAUAUAUACAUAAUGUGCUAUAUUACAAAUAGGCAUAUAUAUAUAUAUAUAUAUAUACCUACACAUAACAGUACGUGUAGAUGGAUUAUAUACGGACGACGAACCUGAUUCAGCAGCCGCGAUUAUAGUGCUGGGCUUAGGGCAUUCGAUUUCAGUUGUAAUAUUUCUUUUUUUGGGGAGAAAUGAGGAGACGCUAAAAUUAUAAAUAAUAUUAAAAUUUACGUAACAUGUAAGCUGAUCUAGUUAAUAAAUAAAUAAAUAAAUAAAUAAACAAAUAAAUAGACAGAAACUUGACUUGAGCAGUGUGAAUUAAUCAAUACAUAUAUAAGCCCCGUAUACAUGAUUAUGUAUGCGCGUGAAAUACACGCGUGCCAGUGGCUAAUUACACGGGGUUCAAUAUCGGGGAGAAUUAAUAUGAAUACUAUACGCGCUGUACACGUGUAUGAUAUAGGUACGUACGCACGUAAGGCGGGUGAUAAAUUGACAAAAUAAUAAUCAUAAUAACAACCACAACAACAACAACAACAACAACAACAAUAAUAAUAGUAAUAAUCGUUAAAGAAUCAAUAACAAUAAUUGCGCGGGAUGAGAUGUGAAAUUCAAGUGUUCCGAUAAAAAAAAAAUUAAAUUAAAAAAGAAAUAAUGUAUACAUAAUAUAUAAUAAUAAUAAUAAUAUAUAAUGUAUACGUAAUUUGUACAUAUACGUUAUAUAUAAUACAUAUAUAUAUAUAAUACACACACACCCAAACAGACACAUAUAUAUAUAUAAAAUAGAAUAUGUAGAAAAGCAACUCAACGUAAUAGAAACUACGUUAUUAUUAUUAUUAUAUUACAUAGAUAAACUAUAAUCAAGAUCGUAGGAAACCCUAACCAAUCUAGGAUACUAGAUUGUAUGAAGUAACAAAAUUAUCCCGUUCGUCGCUCCUGAAGUUGUUGCAGAUGUCAAAGGUACAUUAUAAUUAAAGAGACCUGCAGCUGCUCAUCGGGUGCAUAAUUAAUUAAAUACGCAAGAGUCACGACAUGUCGUGUCUAUAAUUGCAAGUAUUAAUAUAUUAAAGAGUCAUUACUUUCAACUUUUAACGCUCUUCUGUAAGGUUGACGAAGAGAAAAGAAAUGCGAAACGAUGAAAUGUGGAAUAAACUAUCGUCUAUUAAGCGAGUUGGAAAAUUGACUUAGGGAUUUUAUGAGUAACGCAAGAGAGAGAUGGUCGAUUUCUUGUUGAUUUCUGCCGCACUCGGCAGGUGUGGAACGGCUCGGUCUUAAGGUCGAAGGUUAGAAUUAGGUUGACGUUUCGAAUUGAAGCGCGCGAUUCGGAGUAAUUUCAAUGAAUUAAUUACACCUGUCGUAAAAAGAUUGGACGCGCGAAGCCGAUUGUAUAUCUUUCGGAUCUAUUACGUAUCACCGAUCGAUCUUUGUGAAUUUUUCUCAAAUCAUUAUAAAUUCAUACGUAUACAUAUUAUACCUACAUAUAUGCAUAUAUACAUAUGCGUACGUAUGUGAGGUGUUUCGGAAAAAAAUAAUUUGCGAUUUUCCACCGUGACACCCCAUGAAAAGUUUGUUGAGGUUGAAAGAAAGUUUCUAUCGAGAGUGAGCGUUCUACGUUAUGCGGAAGAGCGCGCUCAGUCGAUUUUUUACUUUUUUGCACUUUUUCGAAGUCACGAUGUAACGUGAAUAAAACUUUUUAUAUUGCUCAAAUCGAUCAUUAUAUCAAUUUACGUCACGAAAAAUAUCCAGGCUUGUAAUGUCAAGUCUCCGGUUGAUGUUUCGAGAAGCGUAUCUGACAACUUUUCCAUUAUCAAUUCAAUGUCGUAAAGUAUUUAUAAUCGAAGAUCAACUUUUAAUUCAGUAGAAUAAGAUUCCCGAACGAUGUAUCGUUGCGUUACGGAUCGCGAUCCUUGGGUUGAACACAAAUGUCAGGAAAUAAAUAAUAAUCGAAGCGCCGCAACGUGUUUUCUCAUAAAUUCAAGAAAAUGUGAAAAAUGAGUGAAAAAUCAAAUGACCGCGAUGUUCCACGUAUCGUGGAACGCUCACCUCUUCACAGAAUAUUUCUUCUUCUAGCCGAAACAAACUUUUUAGCUGAUGCCACGGUGGAAAAUCGUAAAUUAUUUUUUUCCGACAGACCCUACUAUACAUUGAUAUACAAAUAAAUUAUACACACGUAGAAAAGUGCGUAGUGAUUAUUCGACAGAGUAUCUCGUCGCUCCGGAGAUUAGUUAUGACAGGUACGGAGGUAGAUUAUACCGCCUGCGUAUUUCACACCCGACGAGAUACAGGUUAUACAUUUAUAUGUAAUAUAUACACGUAUUGUACAUGAUCUUUCGCUACGUCGACUAUCGAUUAUCCGGGUAAAGUACGAACGUAUAGGUGGCCGUGUUGUACGACAUACUAAUUAAUAUUAUAUUAUACGUAUAACGGAUUUACGGUAUUGCAAUGCUCAUAACGCGACCAUAUUAACGAACGAUGAACGUUGUAAUCGAACACUUAUUGGAUAAUUAUUGAAAUAACAGUAAUGAUAAUGAUAAUGAUAAUAAUAAUAAUAAUAAUAAUAAUAAAUAACGAUAACAAUAACUGCGAGGAGUAUAAAAUAAAUAAAUGACUAAAAAAAUGAAUGAAUAAAUGAAUAAAUAAAAAAAACCACCGCGUGUCGCCUUGCGAUGUAAAAGUUUUUUUCGCCGUAAUUGGAUAAGCCGCCGGAUAUAUUAUUAUAAAUAGUUAUAAGCGUAUGUAUAAUAUAUAUAUAUACAUAUAUAACAUAUAUAUGUAUAUAUAUGCAUAUACAUAUACGUAUACAUAUAUAUUAAUUAAACGAUUGUGUAUAAAAUAUACGUUCCGUGACUGUUUUACAAAAACGGAACCGUAAUAAGCGUGUUUAACGAGUGUUGAUAUAUUAAAAGAGAAAAUAAAUAUUAUGAAAAACGUAUAAAUAUACAUAUGCAUAUAAAUGUUAAAUAGGCGUAGAUGAUAUGUAUAUCUAUACGUGUAAAAUUGAGAUUUGUACAUGUGUAAACAUCCACACCUAAAAUGCCUCCCAAUUAAACCUGUAAGUCUUCUAGGAUAAGGAAUAAAUAUUAUUAAAUAAGAGCGUAGAAGAAAA